AUGGGCCUCGUGGUGAGCUCGAGUGGCGGAGGUGCCGCCGGAGGAGGUGGUGGAGGCGGCUUCUUCUUCAACAUGUUCUACGAGCGCUACGCUGACGGCCACCAAGAGGGCAUCAAGUACGUGGGCGCAGGAAGGGGCGAUAUCGAGACGAAGCUUGUUGAAGUUGGCGCAGGCCAGGGAAGCUACACGAAGGAGGCGAGCUCCACCUACGGCUACAGGUGCCGGCCGGCCUGCGUUUGCUGCUGCGUGUUCUGGUGCCUGCUGGUGCUACUCUUCCCGCUUGCCUGGGUCUGCUCGGUCCGCGCAAUUUUCACUGGGGAGACCUGCUCCAUUCAAGCGGAUGAUCCCUGCGAACAAUGCCUGGGCGGCCCAUUCUUGAGGGACGUUGUGACUGCGCAAGCCAGAAGCCAGUGCUGCGGGGUAUGCCCACAAAUACCUUGCUACGAUCCGGUCACUACUACCGAGGCCCCGAAAUACCACGAGGUGGUCCGGCGCCACUACAACACGGUGGUCAGGAAGGUGCCUGUGAAUCACUACGUCAAGGUGCAGAUGCCGCGGCCUGCACCCAUUAUCCACACCGUCCACGUGGUUAAGCCGAACGCGCACUUCGACUGCGCUGACGGCGGCGACUUCGCCACCCAGACCUGGUCCGGCCGGCACAAGAGGUGGUGCUGCUACAAGUACCGGGAGUCCUGCCCGCAUCAAGUGGUGGACCGCAACAUCUACCACCACGUGACCAAGAUCGAGAAGAUGCAAGUGCCAGUGCCGGUCCAGGAGCCCCGUCCGCCUCCGAUCGUCCACAACAUCAACCAAGUCUACCACGUCCCGAGCCCGCCGAAGUACGUGCACGUGCCGGUGCCAGGGCCCACCAUCGUCAAGCCCGUCACGAUCAACCAGGACGUGCCAUACCCUGUGAGACAGCCCGCCAAGGUCAUCACUGUUAAGAAGCCCUAUACCGUGAAGAUCCGUGGCAGAAGCCACUACGUGCACGUUCCGGUGCCGUCGCCUCCCCACAUCGUCCCCAAGUACGUUGUCCACACCGUCACGGUGCAUGACUACGACUGCAAUUCCCACUUCGACCAGUGGUACUACACCUGGUCAAGCGCGAAGAAGCAGUGGUGCUGCAGUCACCAGGACAUGGGCUGCGCAGGAUCCUGGCACCACCACCAGCACGUCGUGAUCGUGCAUCACCACCAUUCUAAGCACUAUAACUGCCACGCCGGCCUUUCCAACUGGUACCACGGCUGGUCCCAUGUCAAGAAAUCUUGGUGCUGCGACCACGAGAACCUGGGCUGCCCCGGUAUGGCACACGGCCACUGGACGUCUCACACUGCCAGGGUGGUGCACGUGGUUCAUGGCGCUGGCCAUGGGGGAUACGACUGCGAUGCCGGCUUCUCCAAUUGGGAGCACGGCUGGUCGGGCAAGAAGAAGAUCUACUGCUGCAAGCGCUUCAACAAGGGCUGCCAGCCGUAUCACUGCCACCACCUCCAGGAGCAGAGCAGCAUGUGGCCACAGGAAAAGCGCGACUAUUGCUGCGGCCACUUCCAGAUCGGCUGUGCGGCCACGACGCUGUCGCCUCUUGGGUGCGACGCCCCUUGCACACUGAACGGCCAAACGAGCACAUGCCAAGAGCGCAUGGACUGGACGAUGGAGCACACCUACGCCGGCAAGGGCAACGCCUGCAAUCUGGCCUACAGCGCCGUGCAGGUGCAGUGCGACGUCUGCCGCGCCUGCAGCAUCCAGGAGGCGGGCUGCGGCGUGCAGGGCCCGGGCUCCGACCCGUACGACUGCAAUGCUGCUCUGGGUAACUGGUGCCGAGCCUGGUCGCCUGAGAAGAAGGUGUGGUGCUGCCAGCACGAGGAGAAGGGCUGCCAGAGCCCGGACGCAAAACCUAAUUGUGAUGCCGGUGCCGGCAUGAUCUGGAAGAAGGUGUUCAUCUCGCACCACUGGACGUGGCAGGCCGUGUCCGCGGGCGGCGGGGUCGUGAGCAGGCCCUAUGCCUGCCAUGCUGGCUUGCCCAACUGGGCCACGGGCUGGUCCGUGGGCAAGAAGAAUUGGUGCUGCAGCCACGAGCAGCUGGGCUGCCCCGGCUACCAUUACGGAGGCGGCGGUGGCGGCCACACGCACACGGUGGUCACCACGCACGUGGUCUCAGGCGGUGGCGGUGGCAGCUUCGGCGGCGGCGCCAGUGGCGGCGGCAGCUUCGGCGGCGGCGUCAGUGGCGGUGGUAGCUUCGGCGGAGCCGCCUACACCUUCCACGGCCAUCCCCCGUCCGCGGCUGGCUCUGGCAUGAUGUGGCACUGGGCGACUUCCGGCGGCACGGGUCACUGGGUGCAGGUCCACACGCAUGGCGGCCUGGCCUUCGACUGCUUUGCCGGCAUCACGGCUGGCUGGUCCGGCAAGAAGAAGCACUUCUGCUGCAUGCACUUUGACAAGUGCUGA